UUUAAUGUGGCAGUGGGGAAUUGGACCUUGUAUCUCGAGCGGAUGGAGAUGUAUUUCCAAGCUAACAGUAUCGACGACGAGAUGCGUCUACCUACUCUGAUUGCAGUCAUAGGAGAGGAGGCAUACGAUUUAUUAAGCAGUUUAGCAAGCCCUAAGAAACCUAAGGAGUUGAGCUACGACCAAGUUACUGAGAUUAUGAAGAACCAUCUCGAACCAAAACCAUCAUUUAUGGCCGAACGUUACCGGUUUCGCCAACGAAGGCAACAGGAAGGGGAAAGUAUUACACACUACCUCACGGAGUUAAAAAAGUUAGCGAAGUUUUGCGAUUUUGGUGAAACGUUGGAAGAUAAUCUCAGGGAUCAAUUUACCUGUUGUUUACAAAAUGAAAUAAUACGGCAACGAUUAUUUGCGGAAGAAAACCUGACAUAUAAAAAAGCGGUAAGCUUGGCAUUUUCAUUAGAGGCGGCAGAGCGGGAUGCAGCGAUGGUGCAUCGGUCGAGUGUGAGUGACACGAAUGUCAUCGGUAGGGAGGGCGCGGGCGCAGGGCAAGCAGCGGCGGCGGGUAUACCGAUUCAUUCAUUCACUACGACUUUGGCGCGCCGAGGAUUACGGAACAAAGGUGGCGGAAACACAUCACGUUCGCAUUAUAAUACUAUGGCGUGUAAAUCUUGCGGGGGCGGGCAUCGAGGUGAAGAGUGUCGCUACAAGAAGUUUACAUGCAGCAAAUGCGGGCAAGUUGGGCAUUUAAGACGGGUAUGCCCAGCGAGAGCUCUGAGCAACCAACAUGGUGGCUCCGGCGGCGGCGGUUCCCGGCGGGCGCUGCAUCACGUCCAGGCGGAAAACUGCGAGACUCCAGAGGACGGUGACGAUAGCACUUCGGAGAUUGAAGAAGAAAUGAAUCACCUCUGUUUAAACGGCUAUAGACCGGUAUAAGGAGUUGUUCAGCGAAGGAUUGGGGAGGUUCACGGGUGGUAAGGCGAAGCUGCGUGUACGUGAGGGGGCGGCGCCGGUGUUCUGUCGGGCACGGCCUUUGCCCUACGCCCUGAAGGCGCGAGUAGACGCGGAGCUGGACGCAAUGCUGCGGGAAGGUGUCAUAGAACCGGUGGACACCUCCGAGUGGGCCACGCCGCUGGUUCCGGUACGUAAAGCUGAUGGUGGAUUACGCAUUUGUGCAGAUUAUAAAGUGACCUUGAACCCCGCCUUACUGAUUGAUAGGUAUCCUUUGCCUAAGAUUGAUGAUCUGCUAGUGGGUCUAAAUGGUGCUAAAGUAUUCUCUAAGAUAGAUUUAUCGCAAGCCUAUAAUCAGGUAGAACUAGAUGACUCAAAUGCAUUUACAGUGAUAAAUACACAUAGGGGUUUAUUCAGGUAUAAUCGAUUAGUUUAUGGACUGUCAUCAAGUCCGGGCAUUUUCCAACGGAUUAUGGCCACGCUACUGAGUGAUAUUCCUCAGGUAGAAGUUUUUCUAGAUGACAUUAUAAUAGGUUCGGUGGAUGAACAAACCCACAUGAUCAUAUUAGAUAAAGUUUUACAUAGAUUACAUAGUCAUGGGAUGAAGCUUAAGAAGAAUAAAUGUUCAUUUUUUGUGGACGAAGUACAGUAUUUGGGCUAUAUAAUUUCUAAAGAUGGUAUAAAGGUGGAUUCGAACAAAAUUGAAGCGAUCACAAAAAUACCGCGACCGCAAAAUGUUACAGAAUUAAGGUCAUUUUUAGGCCUUGUAAAUUUUUAUGCAAAAUUUGUCCAAAAUAUGAGUACUAUUUUAACGCCUUUAUACGACUUGUUGAGAAAAAACAUUGCGUGGAAAUGGACUCAUAAAUGUGAAAACGCAUUUAAAAACAUUAAAAAUAUUUUAACUAGUGCAGAAGUACUCAUGCAUUAUGAUCAAAACAAAUGCUUGAUAUUAACUUGCGAUGCAAGCGCGCGAGGUAUAGGCGGCGUGUUGACUCAACCGUGCGCGGGCGCUGGCGGCGGCGGCGGCGGCGCGGAGACGGCGGGGGUCGGGUUACGCGAGCGCCCCGUCGCUUACGUCUCCCGGUCAUUGAAUGAAGCCGAGAGAAAUUAUUCACAAAUAGAUAAGGAGGCAUUAGCUAUAGUGUUUUGUUUGGAAAAAUUACAUCAAUUUUUAUAUGGAAGACGAUUCACUUUAAGAACGGAUCAUAAACCGUUAGUAAGCAUCUUUGGGCACAAACAGGGCAUACCUCCAAUGGUGGCGAGUAGACUGCAGCGGUGGGCCAUUAAGUUAUCUGCUUACACAUAUGAUAUUGAGUACGUGCGCACCGAAGAUAAUGGCGCGGAUAGUCUGUCUCGCUUGCCAUUGCCGCCGCCUGCUAGCAACGCUGAGUCACACGAUGCGCCCGAACAAACGUAUUUACACUUCGCACAGAACGAGUUAUUGCUUGAUUAUAACGAUAUUAAGAUUUUUACGCAGCGAGAUCCGUUAUUAAGUCGCGUACUAGGUUAUAUACGAUGCGGUUGGCCUAGUGAUAGUGAAAUAAGGAACUUACAACCUUAUUUCAAUCGCAAGCUAGAACUGUAUGAGGAAUUGGGUUGCGUGAUGUGGGGACAUCGGGUAGUUGUUCCGGAGGGGUGCAAGGAUAGGGUUUUACGCGAAAUACACGAGGGCCACAUGGGAAUAGUUAAGACCAAAGCAUUCUCUAGGAGCUACGUGUGGUGGCCGGGCAUAGACGA